AGGUGUCCGUGCCCAUGGCAGGGAGUUGGAACUAGAUCUUGAAGGUCUCCUUAUCCCAAACUUUUCUAAGCUUCUAUGCCUUUCUGCUAUAUUCGGGAUUGCCCCAUGUUGCUGGUGAAGCAUUUUGUCCCUGAUCUCCCUCGCUGCACAAGUCCAGCAGUCCCUCUCCUCCAAGUGCAUCCACAGCCUCUCAGUUUCUCUGCUUUAACAAUCUCUUGAAUAGAACUCCAGAGGGAGAACUUGCUGCUGCACAAACUGAUUUUUAUUAUUGAGCUUCUUAGUGUACUCCAAAUAAUAGCACAGUCUUUUCAGGUCGUUACUCAGCAGGAAUGGAAUUCUUGUGUAAAAGAGGCAGAGAUGUGGCACUGAGGGACAUGGAUUAGCCCCAGCUUGGUAGAGGUAGAAAAUGGUUGGAUUCGAUAAGGUCUUUUCCAGCCAAAGGUGCCUAGUGGUCAUGAAAGUGUUUGGUAGAAGGUUGGACUUGAUCUUAAAGGUCUUUUCCAGUAUAAGGAUUCUGUAAUUUCCUAAUCUCAUCACGUAACAGCGGAGUAACGGGGCGGGUUUGCCGGCCGGCACCCAGCCGCUGUGGGGCGGCAGGCUCCGGGCUCGCCGCUGGCACUGCCAAACCGCCAGAGCGCGGACCACCAGCGGGCAGCUCACGCCUGGCUCAGACAGCGCCGGGGCCGCGCCUCCGCCCUUCGCCCCGCCCCCACCGGCGCUGCCAUCCGGCGCCGUGCAGGAACUACCGCUCCCAGCGAGCCGCAGGACAGUGGGUCGAGUUGGGUCGGGCCGGGCCCGGCGGGCCGCAGUAUGGAGAGCCCUGCGGUGACCUUCACCCUGGCCUACCUGGUGUUCGCGGUCUGCUUCGUGUUCCCGCCCGACGAGGUGCGCUCGGCAGGGCUGACGGUGCAGAGCCUGUUGGCAGCCUGGCUGGGCAGCGAGGACGCGGCCUUCGUGCAGUACCACCUCCGGCGGAGCACCGGCACGCUGCUGGCACACUCCUUGCUGCCCCUGGGUUAUUACCUUGGCAUGUGCAUUGCUGCUCCUGAAAAAUAUCUUGGUUUUUUCUACCUGGCUUCAAAAGGAUGGAAAACUUUCUUCUGCUUGGCUGUUCUCCUCCCAGCAGUCACCAGUGCCCUGGCCUAUUACUGGUCACGGAAGGGUUGGAACAACCACCCGCUGGCCCAGGCGCUGGCUGUCCACGCUCUCCCCCAGUCGGGCUGGAGGGCUGUGGCUUCUUCCAUCAACACAGAGUUCAGGAGAAUUGACAAAUUCGCUACGGGAGCCCCAGGAGCGCGGGUGAUCGUUACGGACACGUGGGUGAUUAAAGUGACCACCUACUGUUUGCACGUGGCCCAGCAGCAGGACAUUCGCUUGACAGUGACAGACUCCAGACAGCACGAACUCACCCCAGACUCCAACGUGCCUGUGCAGUUCCUCACCAUCCGUGUUGCCAGCACCAACCCCUACGUGAAGGCCUUCGAUAUCCGGCUGAACUCGACAGAGUAUGGAGAGCUGCGAGAAAAGCUGCGUGCUCCCAUCAGCAACGCAGCAAACGUUGUGAUCCAUCAAAGCCUUAGUGAUUUAUUUCUAGAGACCUUUACAUCUCUGGUGGAAAUAAACCAGACUUACCCUGUUCCAAGCACUCAGGACCUGGAGCCCUGCAUAGGCUGUAUGCAGAGCACUGCUAACAUCAAACUCAUCAAGAACUGCCAGGAGCCAAACGAAGGGGAGUGCCAGCAGUGCUACUGUCGGCCCAUGUGGUGCCUCACCUGCAUGGGCAAGUGGUUUGCCAGCCGCCAGGACCAGCAGCACCCAGAGACAUGGCUGUCCAGCAAAGUGCCUUGUCCCACUUGCCGAGCCAGAUUUUGCAUUUUAGAUGUUUGCAUUAUACGAUGAAUCAUACCUGGGUAUGUUUUAGCUUUUGUAAUUGGGGUGUAUUUCAUAGAGGGUUUGGUUAAAGGGCCUCUAGAUUUGUGUCUGAGACUUCACCUUCUGCCAGGGUGCAAACCCCAAUGCUUUCUUUGACAGUUCCUCUCCACUUUUCCCUCUCUCUUUGAGUUUUAUUCACCAGGUGUCAGUUUGUGGGAUUUAUUUUAUUAUUUUUUUAGCUGAUAUUUUACUUUCAUAGAUUCAUAGAAUAGUUUGGGUUGGAAGGGACCUUCAAGAUACCUAGUUCCAGCCUCCCUGCCAUGGGCAGGGACACCUUCCACUACACCUGGCUGCUCAAGGCCUCGUCCGAUCUGGCCUUGAACACUUCUAGGGAUGAAGCAUCCACAGUCUCCCUGGGCAACCUAAUCCGGUGUCUCUUGUCCUGGGUGGAACAAAGGGAUCCUUCUCCCUUUGCAGUUCCAGUCUCUUCAAGCUUUAAGGUUGGCCAAAUUCUAUACAUUUGUAAAUUUUGCAGGAGCUUUGAUUCUUUAGUAAAGGGCUAACUGAGAAAAUCCUUUUGGUUAGAUGUCAUUAAUACUUUUGCUCUUCUUCAGUCCAUUUGUAAAGUUCUUACCUUAGCAAGUGUUCACCACACUAGUAUACCAGUUGUGUUCUUUCUGCUGGUCCCCUCUGCUAAUAACAGAGUUGAGUUUCUGUAGGCUAAGGAAUUUAAUCCCUCAAGAUGUACAGCUCCUACAGUGACUUUUGAUUCCAUUAAUCUGCCUCUACCUUUUUUUUUAAUGUUAGUUUAAAUUUCAAACAACAAAAGGGUUCAGAAACACAGUCCCACUACUUCCUCUGCUAUUGCUAAGCAUCAUGAAAUCUCUUGGUUUCCAGGAGCUGCACUGCUCAGAGGUUUGAUGCUCUUUAGGUAAUGGACUUUUAAAAAUACUUUUGAAGAGAGUGCAGCAAACCUCUGAACGGUGUCAGUAUUCUGAAAGAAGGCUCAGCUGUUUCAGAGCCUGCCAGCUGCUCCUGAGGGGUAACUUGCCCAUGAAAGAGACAGCAGAAUUACAAAGCUGCAAGUUGCUGUGCCAUCAUUAACCAAAGCUUGCCAGGCUUGUCUUUCAAUGACUGAUCAUAAGCAGUACUCACUGCUUUAAUACUCAUAGGGUACCAAUAUGCAUGUCUUGGUCUGAUCUGCAUCUGAAUGGUUGUCAAUUAAAAUCCAAGCAUGUUCUGAGAAGAGAGACCUGCUCCUAGACCUCAGUGCAGUGCUUGGUGCUCUGGCUGUCCGUCACACCCUUCAAUGAGCAAGGAUUUGAUGAAAAGCCUCAAGCUGCUGGACAGCAUGGGAGUUCUUACACUAACCUGUACACUUCAGGAGCUGAGGUGCAAGUCUUUGCUUGCUUGGUUUGUCCAUCCUAGAGAAGUAGGCAGACAGAUGGGUCAAAAAGCAAGAGAAGGGAAUAUUUUAAUGCUUUGGUGUAGGAGAAUCACAGAAUUCUUUUUGGUUGGAAAAGCUAUUUAGGAUCACGGAAUCUGACCAUUCUCUUAACUCUACCAAGUCUGGUGCUAAACUAUGUCCUCAGCAUCACAUCUGUAACUAGAUAUAACUAGGUCUAGGAGCCCCCAAGAAGGACAUGGAACUAUUAGAGCAGGUCCAGAAAGAUCUUGAGAAGGCUGGAGCACCUCUCCAAGAACUCUAAUUGAAAUUUAUUGGAAGUUUUAAUUUCAGUGGAAUUUGGCUUUGAUUCAUUCUCCUUAUUUAGCCAAUCUAACAGCACAACAAACAGUCAGAAGUGUGUAACACUUUUGCCUCUGUUAAAGGUAGUGCUCUAUCCACAGAAGUGCCUCUUGGAAGACUGAUAAUUACCAAAAUAAAAUUAUGAUUUAUGGUCAUAAUAGUGCCUGGCUUAAAUUCCUUAAAACAAAGUUUUUUUCCCUCCCCCAAAUUUAAAUUCUCAAAAUAACCUGGCACACAUCCAAAUGCCAUAAGCUUAAAGGCUGUGUUAAAGAAGCAGCUUGUUAAAAAUUCAUACUACUGUUUCUAAACCUUAUUUGUUUUAAAUAAAUCAUUGAAUGUGAAAAUAGUACAGCACAAAAAUAGGAAUUUGUCUUUAUAAGAGCUUCAGGUCAUCAUCUGCAGGACCUCAUGUCCAUGCAGAGCUAGUUCUAGAGGAAUCUCUCUCUGUGUGCAGUAAAAAGAAACAAAAUGAGUUGCCUUCCACCCAGUCUUGAUGUUUCAUAAACAUAAGGGGAGUGUUUACAAUCUGUCUUUUUACAGCACUUUCCUAAGACAAUAUAUGAACCAGGGAAUGAGAUGGGCUAAAAUACUUCCAAACUGUCUUGAAUUACAAGUGAUUCCCUGUUGCUUUUUCAGCUGGGUGUGUGCUUCUUCACAUCAGUGGGGCCACUUCAGUGAUCUGAAGUAUUUUCUAUAAACGUGAUGUCAUUGCAGUAAGACAAUCUAGAUGUGGGUCCACAGUGUCAGUAUAAAUACCCCAAAUUUCCAUCUUUGCUGCAGCUCAGCAGAUCUUCUUGAAACCAUAGGCUGUGGCUGCUGUUUACUUCCACUGUUGUGUUAUUUCUGCCAUUGUAACCUUCCAGAAAAUAGGGGCAAAAUGUGUUACCUGAUUCUUUUUUUAGGUUAACAUAGUUUGCUGAGCAAAAACAAUAAGCCAUUUUGUCCAAGCAGGGCAUAUUUUGAAUCCACAAUAGGCAUGCAGAUCUUUACCAUGAGGCUUAAAACCAAAACACACAGGUUAUGAUGUGAUUUCUUCAGUGUGAAUAUUUUCACUGGGUCAAAACUUAGUAAGCUGCAGCUCUGUACCAUUCCAGUCAGGCUAAACCUCAGUGAGACAUAACUGAGUAAACUUCUGAGUGACAUUCCCUAAGAAAUACGGACUUGGAGAUAUUUGAGAUCUCAGUAUUCGUGCUCUUACAUACAUUGCAAGACAUUUUCUUCCAAAGAUAUACCACAGGGUUUGUUAUUUGUGGUGCUUUUGUUGUUUGGGUUUGUUUUUAGCUUAUCUAUUUUAAAAAGGACAGUAUUAUUUAGAUAGCCUUUAAGGAAAAGUCUUAAUGAUUACAUGUAGGUAACCUUAAAACUCUCUGAAGAGCUGAAUAAAUACAACUAAUUUUA